GCGCGCCCGGAGGAGCAGGACCUGCCGCUCGCCGCGGCUCCGGCCCCGCAGCCGCCCGAUGUAAAGGUGGAGUGCCAUUUAUGACGUAGGAGAUCUUCUGACACAAGUUUACCUCAAAAAUCAGACCUCUCACUUUAAAAGACUCAGUGUGGAAUAAACCGGCACGGUGAUGGCAUGGAAUACGAAACCACAAGAUAAUAUUGUUCUUCCAUCCUAUUCUGGAAGUCAAUCAUCAUUUUUGUCCCAAGCCUUAAGAAGCCCACCGGUAUAUACUCAAAGGAACACAUUCGCCUCUCAGGGUUCUUGUACAGAGCCUAGAAACCCCCAAGAUAUAUUCAUGUACCCGGCCAACGUGCAAGGCAUUUCACAGCCAUCGCAGUAUCCCAAUGUGGCAGGCUACCCGCCAGCUCGGCAAGCAGCAGCCCGGGAGAUGCCAGGGAUGGGAACUAUCGUCUCGCAGAGUUCAGCGAAGAGAACGGCUCUUCCGUGUAUUAUGCCCAAGGCACAUCAUCAGACCUCACAGGUUCCACUGGGUAGUAGACAGAACUCUUGGACCAACCCAUCUCUGAACGACCCCAGUCAUUUCCCGGUCAGGCCAUCCGCCGUGUCUUCUCAAAACGGCAUCGGCGCCACUAUUCCGAAUGCCAUCCCUCCGCAGAAUCAGUACGUGACCUCAGUCGCCUAUCCCGUGCCGCAGCGGGUGGUGGCUUUAUCGCUUCCCUCGAGGUUUUCCUCCCUGUAUCAAGGAAAUCCCGAUGCGAGCGGGUCUUCGUUAGAGCUGCAGGUCGGCUGGCCCGGCCAGUGCGAUUCGAACAGGCCGUCCGUCUCUCAGGAACACGGAGCGGCGUCUCUCGCUCCACCCGGUCAGUAUCCCGGUUCCCUGCGGGGCUCGGCCAUCCAGAACGUCCAGAAAGAAAUCCCCCUGUCCAUGUCCUCGUUGCAGACUGCACACGGGCAGAGUCUCAAUUGCAAAGGGGCCGCUCCGCCCCCGCCGUAUCCCCCAACCCAAUCCCAGCAGUAUAUGGCCGUCCAGAUGGUGGUGGAGAUGAAUCCCAACAACCCUCGUCGUUAUUACUCCAGGUUUGCCAAUCCAAAGCUUUCCGGCGGGCAGCAGUUGGCCGAGCCUCCGGCCGGCGAGCCCCUCCGCAGCCCGCAAGCUCUCCUGCUGGACGCGAACCCGUUUUCUCAGCCUCACUGUCAAAACACGAUCGGCUAUAACCCCGCCGCGGGAAGCCCGUGGUCUUCGAACGGGAACGUGAGGCCGAAGCGACUCUUUCACGAGCCGGGCGGACCAGCAGCCGAAGGCGGGAACCCCCCGCGGAAGCCCAUGCCGGAAGCGCCGACGGGCCCGGGUGCCGGAGUGGCUCCGGAGCCGCCUGUGAGGCCUGUCCCCAGAGGGGGCAACCAGUUGGGUGCUUUGGAAGGCCCGCCCGCCCCGCCUAGAGCCGGGCUGGUGAAUCGAGGCAGAGGACGGUUGGCUUGGGAUGCUCUGCGCGGGGGAGCCGUCGGCAGUUUAGAAGGCUCCGGCGACUCUAAGGCAGGGAUGACAGUGGUGACGAAGGAAGGAUUGGUGAGCGACGUUAAGAAAUUGCUAGCCAUGAGAAACGAAGUCGUGAAGUUCGCCAAGCAGAUUAAAAUGAAGAAGAACCUCUUGAUCGCCAAGGGCGGCAACUCUGUGGCCACCACCUCUUCGCUGGACAGUCCAAAGGUCAGCCCCGGGCUCUCCUCCCAAAUCGCUGCUGAAGGUCAGACGUUUCCUCAGACGACCGCGAGCCCAGAAUGCCAGCCCUCCACAGGACCGAGAUCGGCACCUCCGGACUGGAGACAUCCCACCAGUAUUCAAGGAUUUAGCAGCCACGGACGAAUCAUCCAAGGCAGCGGUUCCGUUUUGCUUAAUUCUGUCAUAUGUGACCAAGUACCCCAAUUGGAUCGGGUGAAUCAUUCUCUGGAGAAAAACUCAGCAUUGGGGCAGAAGAUCUUAUCGAGCUCUAACCCUGCACUCGGGACCCCAGAGCAGACAGCGGUUUCCCCGAGUUGCGAUAUCGAUAAAGUCGGCUCUGUGGACAGAGGUCGGCAGAGACUAGCGGCGGAACCUGCACAAGCCUCCGGCCAAGUCCUGCUGAAAAGGAAAGAGUCCUUGAAGAAAGACAUCGUUUCCUGUAAUAAGUUAUUGGCCAAUCUUCUUCAGAGUAAAAGUCCAACUUUCUCUGAUGGCAUUCACUUCUCAUAUUCGGGAUUAACGGACCCGAAUGAAAAGAUUCUCCUCUCGCAAUCGAACUAUUCCGAAUCGGAUGGGCGAAGCACAGUUACCGGUCGGCAGUCGGGUGAGAAAACCGGGGCCGCUCCGAACGCUUCUAACAGCAGUCCGGAGACUUCGACUGCAGCUGGGUCUCCGGUCGUUCCAGACCCUUGCUGUAAAGCGGAUAACAACAACUAUUCCAUGGAAGAGUUGGCAGCUUGUCUCGCUCUUUGGAAAAGGGCACCCGCGGAGCCCGUCGACAUCCCAGAUCCAGAAAUCACCGUUGCUCCCGAUCAGGCCCCGUUGCCUUUGGAAGGAGGACUUAAUGAGUGUCCGGGCCCAGGUUUGGAAAAUCUGCCAAGUAAAGCCCUCAGAGCUGCGGAUGACUCCGUUCUGUCAUCCGUGGUUGUUUCCGGCGUGCUCAAGCCCGAUCCCGUGAGUUCCAGUUUGACCAAAGGGGUGGAGCUUCAGGUUGCUGUGGUCUCUCCCUUGAUCGUCUCAGAGGCCAAAGGAUUGACCGACCCCGCAACCAAACCCGAAGAACCUCUACACGAAGCGGUGUAUCCGGUCAUUCAAGAAGGCAGCGUAUGUAGCUUACGGGCCCACCUUCAAGAGAAAGAUGGGACGGGCGCGUCACCCCAGGCCGGAGCCGAGAGAGGACACGGAGAAACUGAUACCUCGCCGCCGGAGGCGAUCGCCGCCAUCAAAAAGGUCGGUGCCCCGGUCGUGUCAGUGGGCGGAUACGUAAUCGCGUGGGGAUCUGUAAACUCCACUCAAUCCAUGGUCAUCGAGCUGGAAAAGUCGGGCCGGUGGGUCCCGCGGCUGUCGGUCGGACUCGAAGAAGACCACCAUUUUCCCCAACUAAGCUCGAGCACCUCGGGGGAGAACCAAGAACAGUGGGCUCUGACCGAAUUGAAAGAGACCGAUGCUCCGACGUCAGACGGCGACUCACCGCAGAUUGCCAACGUCUGUUCUCUCGUCGAAGGCGGUGUAUUCUAUAACUCCCAGAUAGCCCACAUGUUCAGCUCCGAUUCUCCGACAGAGAUGGAGGACCCGACCGCCUCAGCGGGUGACGGCGCGGUUCUCGGUACCCGGGCUCCAGACCCGCUGGACCCGGGGAAACUGGGGCCCGACAGGCGAGUCGCGGGUUCUGAAGAGCAGAGCGGGCUGCCGUUCCCCGACCCGCUCUCCAAAAGUUCCUGCUUUGCAAAGUCGUCUGGACUUCCAGAAUCGGCUGCGUCUUUGCAGCUUCGAGAUCCGACUGUAGGACAAAAAAUUACGAACAUUAAGAACACGGGGAACCUUGGAUGUGAUGGAUCAUGCUCUUCGAUCCAGUAUCAGCUGGAUCUUCCUCUUGAAGAGAUGGCCGUCUUCCCCGAUAAAGAUCGCCAUCCAGGUCGUCUCUUCAAUCCAGAUAAAAAUCUCAUGUGGGAGAGCCAUCCGACCGUGACCGACGAGGUGUCUAUAAAAUAUCUUGAAGACCAGCUGUCUGAACUUUUAAGAGAGUUUCCGUACGGUCUCGAAAAGUCACACCCACAGAAGAAAAUCCCUGAAACGGAAAACCCAAAACCCUCUGAGCCACCGGCGAGAAUGGUCAAGGAUCCAGAUUCUUGUUGUCCGAGAAACGCGGACCCCGAGGACCCGAUAAGCCAAAUUCAGAUCGUGAUUUUGAAUUCGGAGCAAGUGAAGGAACUGUUCCCUGAAUCUACGGAGCAAUUACCAGGUACAGAGAAAUUAGGAGACUCUCCCAGCGCAGAGUUUACUCCCGAAAACCGAGACCGAGACCUUCCUCGUCUACCAGUUAUAGACCCCGUGACCUCUGAGGCAGGGGACGAUGAAACUCGCACGUCAGAUGGCCGGGCUACUGUUUAUGGGGGCGGGCCCCAUUCCUCGUGUGACAUUAGCCAGGCUGACCCAUCAGAGAAAAAGAACAUCAGUGACCAGUGUUCCCAGUCGGAGGCUCUCAACCAUCAAACGGGACACCCGGCAGACGCCGACAGAGUCGUCCCCAUUACCGAAGGGAAAAGUCCCAUGGAAAAUAACUUCCACGCGUCUGGGGAAUUGCCAGAGAGGAAGCAACAUUCCCCUGUUAUUAUCCCGAUCGAGGAUCGGCCUAAAGAGGAACACAACAGAUCGUCGAAAACGGAGUUAGAACCCACCGAUAAGGUGCGGUCCCAUGACAAAGAAGUAGCCUCAGAAAAAGUUCUCAAACCUUGGAAAAAGAAAAGAAAGCUUAAAUUCCACGAGGUAAGCUUUGUGGGAAAAGAAGUCGCACGUCACAAAAGGGUUGCUAAAGGCCCCACACAGGAGGAAGCCUCCACAAGACAUUUUAGCCCUUCAAACAGGAAAGAGAAAAGAGUAUUUUCUUUGCCAAACAAAGACUUUCACAAAAAGGAAGCAUCCUUAAGAGGAGAAGCCUCCUUGAGAGACGUAGCAUCGGCGGAAAGCUUCAAACUGGGGUACAGUGCAAAAAGUCAUUCCAAAUUCAGUCUGGAACAGAAGAAGUCCGAACCAUCUAAUAAUGUAUUUGACUGGGAGAAGAGGGAACACGACAAAUUAGAACAGAACUCGGGUCGAGUAAAUGAGUUGAAAUCGAGCAAGAACGAAAGGAACAAGAUCCCAGGAAAAGAGUUAUCGACAGACGUGAGAACCGGCGACUCGGAAAAGGAUACCCAGAGUAACACAGCGCGGACUCCCAGCAUCACCUCAAAUUCUUCUAAAUUUAAGGAUAUUUCACAUAAAACGACUGGAGUCUUCUCCUCUCAAGGGUACUUAAUGAGGCGAAAACGUAAAGAAAAGAUCAGCAAGCAGGACUCCAAGAAAACCCAAGAAAAACGGGAAAUGAAGAAAGCUGGCCCCUCGGCUUCUGAAAAAGUCUGGCAUAAUAAAUUCACCUUUAAACUAGUGAACUGUGGGAAACCCAGCGAAGGACAUGCUACGUGGCGGUGCAAGAGACCAUUAGAAGCACUGACACACCGGAGUAAAAGCAUUCACUCUCACAGGAUCAGAGCGCAGUCAGACUCGGAAAAGAACUUUACCAAAAAAGUCAGAGCAAAAAUGGGGGAGAAGAAGCUGGGAAAAACGUACUCUGAAAACAGUGGCAGGCCCGAUGCCAAUUUAAUCUGCUUAAAUAAAAAAGUUAAGUUCACUAAAAUGCCUCUUCAAGAAAAUGAGCCAAAAGACCAGAAGAAAGUGUAUCUGAACAGAGUUGCUUUUAAGCGGACUGCCCAGGAAAGUAUUUGUUUGACCAAGUUAGACUGCUCUCCUGGGAAACAUCUGGGGAAAAUAAAGUCGGCUAAUGAGUUGGAGAUGGGGUCCGAUGGUAAAUCCUGUUUCUCUUCACCUGAGAGGCCAAGAAUGCUGGAAUUUAAAUUAUGCCCCGAUGUGCUGUUGAAGAACGUGCGGGGAGACGACGAAGUUCUGGAGGAAAAGACUUUUCCCAGGAAAGAGCAAGCCCCCGUGGAAGGAAUCAAAAGUACAAAAGAAGAUUGGUUAAAGUGCAGUCCCCAGAAGAAAAGGAAAAUGGAAGCAGCCAAAAACCAAGAUGACAGCCAUCCUCCUCUUCCAAGGGCACCCAAGAGAAGUUACAGCGGCGGCGACGCUACCCAAGGCUCAGCGACGGACUCGAAGGCCAUGUUUCAGACGUUCAAGAAAUUGUACAUGGAGAAAAGAAGCAAGAGCUUAGACAGCAGCCCCACCACGUGAUCCUUGCUGCCUUAGAGCACAAGUGCCAUUCGUCCUCCAGUGAUCUGGUUUCUGAUACAAGUCUCCCUCCUAAAGCCAAGUCCGUUGCUGGCAACGGAUAGAGUAUUGCCAUACAGAGAUCUAGCAACCAUUAAAACGAACCUUUGUGUGUCAUCUUCGGUCUGUUAUUGAACUUUUUAGCAGCUUCUAUUUUUGUUGGGGUUCGUUUGUGAUGACGGUCCACAGAGCAAUAGGUUGACAUCACCAAGACUGUACAGAUUUAUCGGACGGAUCAUAAAGUAUUUAGGUUUCUGCCUUGUGUAAGGAAACCGACAGGAAAGACACUUCUGAGUUUCAGCUUCUAGUUUACUGUUAAAACAUGCUGACAGAUUGAGACCAUCUGCUCUCUUUAAUUAGUAACCGUAAAAGCAUUCUUACAUCCUACAUUGGCAAGAUUUUUUUUUUUUCAAAAACCUACUGUGAAAUUUAAAGUAUUGUCUUUGUUGAAUCUUUUGUUGAAAUGCAAUAUUUGUACUGUAUUGAAUUUUGAAUUCAAUCCUGUAUUUUUUUGAUUUGUUUUUUUACCUGUUAAACUUAUACACUGAAUACGAGAGUUGUGGACAAUGUUUAAAUACACACUACUUUUCAUACCUGAAAGUAAACCUUUAUUUUGAAAGAUCA